GUUGCGCCGAAUUGAGUUCCAUAAAGACCGCUACUGCGCAUGUUGCAUGACAGGUGCACACACGCAAGACUCCAUCUUGAGCAUCUUUAGUCAAGGCAAUUGGACAUCUAUAGAUGCUGCCAAAUACCUUUAACACCCUGUCUAUGGUAUAGGAGUAGCAAUAAAACGGGCAGCGAUGGAGACGCGGCGUGUUGUUUUCAUCAGCUUUGCCUGAGUGAGAGGCGAGAAGGAGGCGAUACAGACCGCGUUUGGUCAUGACGGCUCUCUAACGACUCGUUGCACUGUCAGCUGUCUCCGAUCGGUGUUGUGUUCAGUCAUCGGUUUAUCGGCAAAGAAUGACUGUGAGGAUGACCCUGUGGAGGCUGGCUCUGCUGCUGCUGGUGCUGUGCCUGUGGGUUGACCAAGGCUCCUCCAAAGAGAAAGGCACCAAGAAGGGCAAGAAGAAGGGCAAGCAGGUCUACUGCCCCUCGCAGCUCUCGUCGGAGGACCUGGCCCGCGUCCCCGCCAACUCCACCAGCAACAUCUUGAACAGGUUACUGAUCACCUACGACCCCCGCAUCAGACCCAACUUCAAAGGAAUACCAGUGGAAGACAGAGUCAACAUCUUCAUCAACAGCUUUGGGUCCAUCCAGGAAACCACCAUGGACUACAGGGUAAACAUCUUCCUGCGUCAGCGCUGGAACGACCCCCGCCUGCGUCUGCCGCCGGACUUCAAGUCGGAGUCGUUGACGGUGGACCCCAAGAUGUUCAAAUGCCUGUGGAAGCCCGACCUGUUCUUCGCCAACGAGAAGAGCGCCAACUUCCACGACGUCACGCAGGAGAACAUCCUGCUCUUCAUCUUCCGCAACGGAGAUGUGCUCAUCAGCAUGAGGUUAUCCGUCACUCUAUCCUGUCCUCUGGACCUGACUCUGUUUCCCAUGGAUACGCAGCGCUGCAAGAUGCAACUGGAGAGCUUUGGCUACACCACGGAUGACCUGCAGUUCAUGUGGCAGUCGGGAGACCCAGUGCAGAUGGAUGAGAUUGCCCUGCCUCAGUUCGACAUCAAGCAGGAGGACAUCGAGUACGGCAACUGCACCAAGUUCUACGCAGGCACAGGUUACUACACGUGCGUGGAGGUGAUCUUCACGCUGCGGCGGCAGGUGGGCUUCUACAUGAUGGGUGUGUACGCGCCCACGCUGCUCAUCGUGGUGCUGUCCUGGCUCUCCUUCUGGAUCAACCCUGAUGCCAGCGCUGCCCGCGUGCCCCUUGGGAUCCUGUCGGUGCUGUCGCUGUCGUCGGAGUGCACGUCUCUGGCCUCGGAGCUGCCCAAGGUGUCGUACGUGAAGGCCAUCGACAUCUGGCUGAUCGCCUGCCUGCUGUUCGGCUUCGCCUCGCUGGUGGAGUACGCUGUGGUGCAGGUGAUGCUCAACAGCCCCAAGCGCAUCGAGGCGGAGAAGGCCAAGAUCGCCAGCAAGGAGAAGGCAGCAGGGAAGACCCCCACCAAGAACAACACCGUCAACGGCACCGGGGGCACCCCCAUCCACGUCAGCACCUUACAGGUGACAGAGACCAGGUGUAAGAAGGUCUGCACUUCCAAGUCUGAUCUGCGGACCAACGACUUCAGCAUCGUGGGGUCACUACCCCGCGACUUUGAGCUCUCGAACUUUGACUGUUACGGCAAGCCCAUUGAGACGAUCGGGGGCCACAAGGCCGCCACCAAGAACAACAAGAAGCCCCCGCCGCCCAAACCGGUCAUCCCCUCCGCCGCCAAACGAGUGGACCUCUACGCCAGAGCCCUCUUCCCCUUCACCUUCCUCUUCUUUAACGUCAUCUACUGGUCUGUGUAUCUGUGAGCACCACACACACACACACACACACACACACAUGCGCGCGGGCACACGCACGCACGCACACACACACACACGCACACAC